AUGUUGAAACUGACUGCAGCUAUCAAUACACUCUCAAAAAUUCAAGGGAGAUCCUUAUCAUCGGGAGCAAGGGCACUCAAAGAAUACAGAAUCGAAACUGAUGCUUUCGGUGAAAUUAAAGUAGACAACAGUAAGUAUUAUGGUGCUCAGACCGAGAGAUCAAGAGAAAACUUCAAGAUUGGAGGUGCACAAGCAAGAAUGCCAAUUCCAAUCGUGAGAGCUUUUGGUAUCUUGAAAAAGUCUGCGGCUAUAGUCAAUGAAGAGGUGGGCCAUUUGGAUCCUAAAUUGUCGAAGGCAAUCCAAGAAGCAGCUACCGAAGUUUCAGAGGGAAAGUUAGAUGAUCAUUUCCCAUUGGUAGUGUUUCAAACUGGUUCCGGAACUCAAUCCAACAUGAACGCCAACGAAGUUAUUUCCAAUAGGGCAAUUGAAAUCUUGGGUGGAAAAUUGGGUUCCAAGAAACCAGUUCAUCCAAACGAUCACUGUAACAUGUCACAAUCAUCCAAUGAUACCUUCCCAACGGUUAUGCAUAUUGCUGCUGUCACUGAAAUUACUCAUUCUUUGAUCCCGGAGUUGACUAAGUUACGCGAUGCUUUAAAAGUCAAAUCGGAUGAAUUCAAAGACAUCAUCAAAAUUGGUAGAACCCACUUGCAAGAUGCCACUCCAUUGACUUUAGGACAAGAGUUCUCUGGUUACGUUCAGCAAUUGACUAAUGGUAUUGAAAGAAUCGAAAAAACUCUUCCAAACUUGCACUACUUAGCUCAGGGUGGUACUGCUGUUGGUACCGGUUUAAACACCUUUAAAGGUUUUGAUGUCAAGAUCGCUGCCGAGGUCUCUAAAUUGACUGGUUUACCCUUCAAGACGGCCCCUAAUAAGUUCGAAGCUUUAGCUGCACAUGAUGCUAUUGUUGAGGCAUCUGGUGCUUUGAACACUGUUGCCGCAUCCUUGUUCAAGAUUGCACAAGAUAUUCGUUACUUAGGUUCUGGUCCAAGGUGUGGAUAUGGGGAGUUAGCUUUACCUGAAAAUGAACCAGGUUCUUCUAUUAUGCCUGGAAAGGUCAAUCCUACUCAGAAUGAAGCCUUGACCAUGGUUGCAACCCAAGUAUUUGGUAACCAUUCCGCUAUCACUUUUGCAGGAGCUUCCGGUCAAUUCGAAUUGAAUGUUUUCAAACCUGUUUUAAUCUACAACUUGUUAAAUUCUAUCAGAUUACUUUCGGAUGGGGCUUACUCGUUUAGAGUACACUGUGUCGAAGGUAUCAAGGCUAAUAAAGACAAGAUUGAGAAAACUUUGCACGAAUCUUUAAUGUUGGUCACAGCACUCAACCCAAAGAUUGGUUAUGAUGCUGCUUCAAAGACCGCAAAGAAUGCUCACAAGAAAGGCUUGACUUUGAAAGAAUCUGCUUUGGAGUUGGGUGUCUUAUCCGAAAAAGAAUUCGACGAAUGGGUUAGACCAGAGAAGAUGAUUGGACCCUCUGACGUGUAA